GCCUAAAAUGUUCAUUUAAAUUUUGAGAAAUCGGGUCGGAUUGCGCGGGAAAUUGUAGUCUUAUGUCAUUGUGUUAACGUCAUGUCGGUAAGAAGGUCCAUGUCUAUGUAGUUUGUUCUUGUUUCGUAAAAUAAGUCAAAUAGCCUAAAGCAGCAUAACGAGCAGUUCUAAAUAAACCAUAAAAUACUUGACAUAAAGAUAACAUACAUGAAUACACGCAUUAAAAUCAAACGGAUAUUGAACAGACACUUCCCUCAUAGUGUUUGCCCCCCAGUUGUUUCGGGGAUUCGUUCGAAUCUUUGUUCAUUACCUUUGUUAUUUAUUAAGCAUGCUUUCAUAUAGUAUUAGAAAUGAUGGUAGAAAGACAUUUUAUGAAAUUUUUAUUUGAAUUUUUAUUGUAUUUUUAGUAUUGUUUUUCAAUAAAAAGUUUAAAAAUAACGAGUAGCCUAGCUAAUUCAAAAAUAAUUUAUUUAUCAAAAACAAGCCCGUUGAGACAGUUCCCUCAAAGUCAUUUGCCAAGUAUUCCACACCUCUACAAAUGACAGGCAUUUCUAUGGAGUGGGAGGUAACCUCUGAAGCGCGCCUGGCUUGAUGCUCAUAUUUAGAGAGCCAGAAGUGUCUGCGGUGUUCAACAUGAAGCAUGAGCUCUCAUCUGAACCUCCCAAAAACUUAUAUUACAACCUGCAAUGUUUACAUAUGACGCAAAAGAAUAAAAGAGAGAGAGCCGGUUUCACAGAGAGAAACACCAUGGCGAUGGAUGGAGAUUGUGGCAAUGCUUAAUUCAUAUGACGGAUGUACAGAACCAUGACCGAGAGCAUCACGGUGUGAUUUACACUUUGAGGGAUAUAUAAAUCAUCACCAACAACAACGAUGUCGAGUUUCCCCGUUGUUUUGUUUUGUCACUUGCAUAUGCUUUUUUUAACGAAAAUAUACCUCUGUAUGGAAACUGAUUUUUGUGAACCUGUUCGACUUGACCGUGAAAGUCAUGACAAAUUGAACAAAGAACUAGUUGUUUACAGAAUAAACGCUUUUAAUCAGGAAUUGUAUCUUAAUCUUCUGCCUGACUCAAGUUUUCUGGCUCCUGACGGCACAUUUCAAUAUGACACCUCAUCUUCAAGUGCUUUUGUAGGACCUUCUUUUAGAAGAUGCUUUUACUCCGGUGAUGUUAAUGCUGACAGGAAUUCUUACGCAGCUCUCAGUCUCUGUGGAGGUGUCCGAGGAGCGUUUUCUUAUAACGGGAUGGAGUACCUCAUAGAGCGGAGGUCGACCAACACAGCACCAGGACUGAUCUCAGAUGAUGCUGAAAAAACGCACAUCAUCCGCAGGAGAAGACAUCUGCACGCUCCGAACUCAACAUCUCGGUGCGGAGUUACAUCUGGUUUAAACCCGGGCGCUGUGGAGUCGUUAGAAAAGUACAAACAUGUGAAGGGACAUACGAGGAACUUCACAGAAACUGUGUUGAAAAGCAUGAGCAGAUCGAAAAGAUUCGCCUCUGUACCGAGAUAUGUAGAGGUCCUGGUUGUUGCUGAUGAGUCUAUGGCAAAAUUCCACGGUGACGACUUGAAGCAUUACCUUUUGACUCUCAUGUCUGUCACUGCAAAGCUGUACAAACACCCCAGUAUCUUGAACGCCAUCAGUAUAGUGGUUGUAAAGCUUAUGGUGAUUAAUGAGGCAGAAAAAGGACCCAAAGUAUCCAGUAACGCGGCACUAACCCUGCGCAAUUUCUGCACCUGGCAGAAGAAGCUGAAUAAGAUCAACGACAAACACCCAGAGUAUUGGGACACAGCUAUUUUGUUUACUAAGCAGGACCUUUGUGGGGCCACCACGUGUGACACUCUGGGAAUGGCUGAUGUAGGCACCAUGUGUGAUCCUAAGAGGAGCUGCUCAGUUAUUGAAGAUGAUGGUCUCCCCUCUGCCUUCACCACUGCACAUGAACUAGGCCAUGUCUUCAGUAUGCCACAUGACAAUGUGAAGGCUUGUGAGGAGGUGUUUGGAAAGUUGAGGGACGACCAUAUGAUGUCUCCCACACUGAUCCAGAUUGACCACAAUAUGCCAUGGUCUGUCUGCAGUGCUGCCAUCAUCACAGACUUCCUGGAUUCUGGCCAUGGUGACUGUCUGCUUGAUCAGCCCCAAAAGCUACUGGCUCUUCCAGAGGACCCUCCGGGUGUCAGCUACUCGCUCAGCCGUCAGUGCGAGCUUGCCUUCGGCUCAGGAUCUAAGCCUUGCCCGUAUAUGCAGGCCUGCUCCAAACUGUGGUGCACUGGGAAAGCUAAAGGACAGCUGGUGUGCCAGACUCGCCAUUUUCCCUGGGCUGACGGUACUACCUGUGGAAUCAACAAGCUGUGCUACCGGGGGAUUUGUACUGAUAAGCAAAAUACUACCAAAGACAAGGUAGACGGCCGUUGGGGUCGAUGGGGUCUGUAUGGUCCGUGUUCCCGUAUGUGUGGGGGAGGGGUGCAGCUCGCCAAAAGGGACUGUAACAACCCCGUCCCUGAAAACGGGGGCAAGUACUGCCAAGGACUGAGAGUGAAGUAUCGCUCCUGCAACUUAGAGCCUUGUAAAGAUUCAGGAAAGAGCUUUCGAGAGGAGCAGUGUGAGUCGUUCAAUGGCGUCAGUCUGAACACUAACAGACUGAGUCCGUCUGUAGUCUGGGUCCCGAAAUAUUCUGGAGUUUCUGUUAAGGACAGAUGCAAGCUCAUCUGCCGAGCCAAUGGCACCGGAUACUUCUAUGUCCUUGCGCCAAAGGUGGUGGACGGAACCCCUUGUUCUCCUGAUACCUCAGCGGUCUGUGUUCAAGGAAAGUGCAUCAAAGCUGGCUGUGAUGGCAAACUGAGCUCCAACAUGAAGUUUGACAAGUGUGGUGUGUGUGGUGGUGACAAUCAAAACUGCAAGAAAGUCUCUGGAAUGUUCACAAAACCCAUGCAUGGAUAUAACUUUGUGGUGACUCUACCGGUCGGAGCUGCAAACGUGGACGUAAGGCAGCGCGGUUACCGUGGUUUGAUAAACGAUGACAACUAUUUAGCAGUAAAGAAUGGCCAAGGCAAAUAUCUGCUGAAUGGAAACCUUGUGGUUUCAGCGGUAGAAAAAGACAUUAUCGUAAAGGGAAGUUUGCUGCGCUACAGUGGUACCACCACAUCGGUGGAGAUGCUGCAGGCCACUAGACCUCUCAAAGAGUCUCUCACCGUGGAACUGUUGUCGGUGGGUAAAAUGACACCGCCUCGCGUGCGCUACUCCUACUACCUGACUGUGGCAAAUAAGGAGGGCAAGGUCUUAAAGAAGGAGGAGAGGAACCCUACGCAUAACAACGUGCUGAAAGACAGCAAUAAAGUGGAACUGAAGAAGCCGGCCUAUCAGAUGCCGUCUUAUAAGUGGGUUGCGGCGGAUUGGAAUAAGUGCUCAGUAACCUGUGGGAACGGCGUCCAAAGUAGAUUGAUACAGUGUUUGGACUCGGAUGGGGAAACAGCCACACGCUGUGACAGCACCCAAAUGCCCAGUACCAUGAGAGUGUGUGGUGACCCUUGCCCAACGUGGAGCAUCGGCGAUUGGUCCUCAUGCUCUAAAACCUGCGGGAAAGGCUAUAAGAGACGCCCACUACGAUGCAUCACUCAGGCUGGGCUGCUUUUACCUAGAGACCACUGCUCAAGCAAAAAAAAGCCACAGGAGCUGGACUUUUGCACUGUUCGGCCCUGCUAGUGAUCCAUUCUGUAUGUUCUGGGACCCAUUUUAUGGAGCAAAAGCAGUGAACUUUUUACUUGUGCAUUCUGUGGUGCCUCACUUUUUGUAAUGGGAAUAUCGUUAUGAAAUAAAGACAAAUGAUGUCUUACCAAGGCGAUGAGAAAUUAUACCAUGUUACAUUUUUAGGUAUAGUUAGAUAUCACCUACCUCGAAAAGGACAGGGUGUUUUAAAGCAACCAAAUAACACAGACCACUUACAGUUGUAAAAUAUGUUAUGGCAUUAACUGUCACAAAAACAGACUUUUACAGCAUCUCCUCUGCAUGUGGUUUGUCGAUAAAGUGAACAUAUCAGAUUUGUGGCAAAAGUGUUUGUUUGUAUUCAGACCUUAUAUACAUGUGAAUAACUUGAUCUAAAUGUGAAGCAUAUUGUAUGCAAAAAUAGGGCAUCUUGGUCCAUGCACUAUUGAUCAUUUGUAUUCGUAUAUUAAGAUGAGCUAGUCAGUAGAUUAAAGCAUUCCUAAUCAUUAAAGAUUCAACAAGCAGAAUUUAGGAUUACAAGUUUAGAGAAGACAAAACAAUGGUGCCAAAAUUAGGCUUUUAGUUUGGGUUUAUUAAAAGUAAUCAGUAUCACACCCUGUCAUUUUUGGCAGAUCCUGAACUAAUAUUUACAUUAAUAAAAUAAUUAAUGUUAAUGUUUAAUGUAAUAGUACUGUACACAAAGGGAUAAAACAGAUAAAAUACUAUAAAUAAAUCAGUAAAUAUACUUUAUGGCAAUAACUUUAUCAGUUCAGUUAUCUAUCCAAGUAUACCAUAAGAAAGUCUUUGGGUCUCGUAAAACUGAACUCUGCUAAAAGACACUGAUGCAAAUUGUAAGGCUGCCCUACAAGUACUAAAUCCAGUUUUUCACAGGGGUGAAUACAGGUGAAGUGGGACACUUUCUAAAAUAUGAUGCCAAAUGGCUGAACCUCUUAUUCCAUUUGAAAUAGCUAAACUGUCCACAGUAUACAAAGGGGAAAAAAGAAAAACAUUAAACACAAACAUAUAAGUGUCUUAUCUUAACUGUAUUCACACUACACAUGCAGCUGCUAUAGCCACUGUGAUUUUAGUAAAGUCACCAUGUUUCUUAUCAAGUAUAAGUGGAAAAUCAAGUGUUUUAUUGUAAAUGAAUUAGAUGUAUUCUCUGCUGGAUUUAUGAAGAUACUUUGUCAUUUGUGCAAACAACCCCUGUAAAUCAGAUGUUGUUGCUGAGAGCAUCUCAUUCAUUUAAAAUUUCUUUCUCUCAUCUUUUGAUGUUAAUACAGCAAAAGGCACUUAUGUUUUUGUAUUGGAAUUCAUUGUAUACUAUGUAUACAUCCAUCAACUGUGCACAAAUAAAUACAGAAUUACAUGAAAUGUUUAAA